AUGGCUAUGGAAAACCCACAGAUAAUGAGACGGCUCACCCAAAUCACACUUACAGGGGAAGUGUUGGAAGUAAAGUGCCACUGUGGGAAGCUUUGCGAAAAUGCAAGGGGACUUAAAAUACAUCAAUCCAAGACCCAAUGUGGAGAAGGGAAGAAGCAAAUGCAGAGCAUAGUGGAGACACUAAGUGAGAUGCAGGAGGACUCCAGUCAGGAAGCGCCCCACAGCACAGGAGACCUCUCAGCACCUGCUCCAUCCCAAAGCCACAGGAGGGACUCUCCUAACACUACCUCAGACACCCAACUUAUGAAAGAGAAAAUCAGCAGAACUGCUGAAACUCCUGAGGAAGGGCUUGAUACCAGUGAACCAACAUGGAGAGAAGUCCAGGACAUUGUGCAGAAAGCCCGUUCAGCAUCUGCCCCAGGACCAAACGGUAUACCUUAUAAAGUAUACAAGAGAUGCCCGAUGAUCCUCCGCAGGUUAUGGAAACUGUUGCGAAGGAUAUGGACAAAAGGUAUCAUUCCAGCAUCCUGGAAAAGAGCAGAGGGGUGUUUUGUACACAAGGAAAUGGACUCUUCCGACAUCAGUCAGUUCCGAACCAUCUCUCUCCUAAGUGUCGAAUGCAAGGUAUUCUUUUCUGUCCUGGCAAAAAAAAUGACUACCUGCAUGGUGAAGAAUAAAUUUGUUGAUACAUCAGUCCAGAAGGGUGGCAUUCCAGGUUUCUCCGGGUGCUUGGAACAUACAGGCAUCCUCAAUCAGUUAAACAGUGAGGCCAAGGGGAGCAAAGGAAAUUUAACGGUUGUCUGGCUCGACUUGGCUUACGCAUACGGUUCAAUCCCACAUGGCCUCAUUAACACAGCUAUGGAACACUACCAUAUCCCCUACCUCACCAGGGGUAUAAUUACCAGCUACUUCGGAGGAUUCAAACUAUGGUUCAAAACUGCCCACUUUACAACUCAGUGGCAGGACCUGGAAAAGGGAAUCGUGACAGGCUGCACCAUCUCCCCCAUCCUGUUUGUCAUGGGAAUGAACCUUCUCAUAACAGCUGCAGAAAAGGAAUACAGAGGGCCAUCAAUGGAGUCUGGCAUCCGCCAACCUCCAAUUAGAGUUUUUAUGGAUGACCUUACCAUAACAACUUCAACCCAUGUGCAAGCAAGAUGGAUCUUGAAGGCCCUUGAAGAUGGAGUAACAUGGGCUCGGAUGAAAUUCAAAACGAGGAAAUCAAGAAGUAUGUUGAUUAGAAAUGGGAAAGUGACCAGCAAGUUCCAGCUGCGAGUACAGGGGGAGACGAUACCAUCAACUGAGGAAAACCCAAUUAAGUGCCUAGGGAAAUGUUACAACGCAUCCCUGACCGCCAGAUGCAAUGUUUCCAGGACAGAGAAACAGUCAGAUGCAUGGCUGAGUAAGAUCGAGGGGUCAGGAUUGCCAGGAAAGUUCAAGGCCUGGAAUCUUUAUGAAUAUGGGCCCAGGUCUGGUCAGGUACAGCUGCCCCUAUCAUCAAUGGUGGAGAAGUUCAAGGUGGCAAAGUGCCGGCUUGUGAUGAUGUACCAAGGCUCCACUGAUGAAAAAGUCAGAAGAGCAGGUGUCAAUACGAGAUCAGGACGCAAGUGGGUGGCUGACACAUCAGUGGCACAAGCCGAAAGUGCAUUGAAGCUGGAGGUCAUCAUCGGGAACCCAUGUGAAGAAAGACGGUCUAUGGCCGUCGAACUUGGAGUACAAGGUGUCUGGAUGAAGUGGGACCUGCCGAAGCAGAAGAUCACGUGGCUUGAGAUCUGGAGACUGGAGCCCUUUAGUAUCUCCUUCCUGCUCUGUUCAGUGUACGACACCCUUCCAUCACCAACAAAUCUCCACAGAUGGGGUAUGAGGGAGGACCCAUCGUGUAGGCUAUACGGAGGGAGGGGAACAAUGGCGCACAUACUGGCAGGAUGCAAAACAGCCCUUAGCCAAGGUAGAUACAGGUGGCGCCAUGACAAGGCUGUCACACUAUGGAGCUGGAGAGGCCCCCAAGAAGAAGAAAAAAAUAGCCUCUUGCAAGCAGCACAAUCCUGUAAGAUGAGGGUGGACCUGGGAAAGAAACUAGUCUUCCCCCAGGUUGUGCAAACACUGCUGAGGCCAGAUAUUUUCUUAUGGUCUGAGGAGGCAAGUAAGAUAAUCUUAAUUGAACUGAUGGUUUCAUGGGAAGACGGGUGUGAGGAGGCCCAUGAGCGGAAAGCCACAAAGUAUCAGGACCUCGUUGAGCAGUGCAGGGCCAAAGGGUGGCAGACCUGGCUAUUCCCGAUUGAGGUCAGGUGUAGGGGUUUCCCGGCACAGUCUGUGUGGAAGACACUCACUGCUUUGGGUAUAGCAGGAAGGGAGAGGAAGGCAGCUGUCCGUAGGUUGGGUGAGGCAACAGAAAGAGCGUCUGGUUGGCUCUGGAGUAGGAGGGAGGAGUUGAGCUGGGGGCCAGGAGGAGGAGGGCAGUGACUGGCCACCACUGCCGACCCGCCAACUGGAGGGUGUUGUGGUUC